AUGUCAGAAAAGGAAGUUAAAAAGGACAAGAAGGAUAAGGAUGCCAAGGAAGGCAAGGAGAAGAAGUUGUUAGGAUUACCACCUGCUGAAAGAUUGGCUGCCCUUGAAAGAAGAAAGGAACUCUUGACUGCUCAAUUAAAGUUUAUUGACGGUGAAAUCACUGCUAUCAAGACUGGUGCCCCAGCUGCUGCUCCUGCUGCUGCCCCAGCAACUCACUAA